AUAAAGUGACAAAGGAAAAGUAUUUUAGUCAGACAACGACUUGACAGAGACUCGGCCUGUUUGGUAAUCAUCGCAUUCUCUUCACCAUAUCAGUUAUGAUGAAAGUGUUGAUCCGAGUUAGGAGGUUGGGGAUGGAAUACUCGUACCAGAUGGUCCACGGGGUUCAAAUCGGCCAUGUUUAAUUAACUGUAUGAAAAAAGGUGACAAAGUCUGGACGAGAGAACGAUUUCAAGCCGGCUGUUCUGAUAGAGUAGAAAAGACAAGAAGUCGUGUUUCAGAUUUCAUCACUGUGAUUUAGCUUCUUGUUAACCCUUUUACUCUUAGGAACAGUUUUUUUUUGUGUAUGUUAGGAGUUUCAGUUCAGGUUCUGAAGAUGUGGAUGAAGGUCUGUAGCAGAGAGACACUGACGGAGGAACACGACGCAGGAGGAGGCUGCUCUGGUUCCAGUAUGAGAGGAAAUAUUGCUCAUCUCAGUAUGGGAAAAUGGAAAUGUUCAACCUCAACUGUAAGAUGAUAAACUUCAUCCACCACUUGAAGGAGAGGUGCGGCCUGGACUUCAAAGAGUGUGUGGACGUGAUGGACAGCAGCGGCCAGCUGAUGAACCUGGAGGCCAGGCAGCACAGCUGCUCCCCGGCCAGCAGCGUCCUGGCGGAGCGCCAGUACUACGUCCUCCUGCGAGUGUGCCGGGACGCUGCAGCUGACAGUCCCAAAUACAUCUCCCUGCUGAACAACUACAGCCAGAGCCAUCCAGAGCUAACAGAGCUGCUGAGGAAACUCUCAAACCCUGACAAAGAGCCAGGCAGGAAGACAAGAAGAGGACGAACACAGAGGGGCAAAGUCAUGAAAAAUAAGAACUGAAGUGUUGAAGAGAUUCUGUGAUCGCUGAUCUUUCUACACCCGCUUGACCCUCUUCAGGGAAUUCAGUGAAAUUUCUGUCAAGUUUAACCUGAUAGAGAGGGGAAAAAAGUUUCAAGGCCUUAAUGGGUGUAGAUAAGCACGUCUUUGUAUCCAUUUUGUUCAAGGAACACUUCUGAGCUGCAUUAAAGAAAUGUAUACCUUAAUAAUGUAGAUGGGAAAGAUUUACUAAUAGAUUUCAAUAAA